AUGAGUAUUCCAUUAAUUCUCUACCUUUUUCUGUUAACACUUAUUUCAGAGGCUUUUGUCAGGGUGAGUUAGGCUAAGUCAUAUUAUUCUAUAAUUUUUUAAGUAGAAAUUUCUGAAGAUAUAAAUUUUAUCGCUCCAUUUUCGAUGAAAAACAUCUAUAAAAUUUUAAAUGUAGAUCAAAAUUUAGAUGAAAAUCUAGUAGAUCAAAAAAAUUUCCAGCUAAAAUUCCAAGAUAAACGUGAAGGUUUAUACGAAAUGCCAGAAUGUCAGUUAAAUCAAGCGUGCUUUUAUGAAAUGAACAAUAUUCAAUUCGAAUUUUGCUAUUGUCCAGAUUUUUCGCCAUGUCCAAAAUCGCCAGAUUUUCGAUUAAAGUUCCAGAAACUAGAUUAUCAGGUAGGAUUUUUUGAUUUUUCUGGUCUCGGAGAAAAUCAAUCAAUAAAAUCUUGCAGUUUUGUAAUCGUCGAGACAAGCUGGAGAUUUGUGAGCCUGGAAGUAUUGUGGCAAAGUUGUCGCUGAUUCAAACUUCAAUAUUUUGUGAAUGUUCUGACGAGUUUAUGUAUACGGAGAAGCUCAGUGAAGAUUUAUAUAUUUGUCGCGAGAAAUCAAUAUGUGGAUUUGGGGAGAAUUGUGGAGAUGGGUAAGGGUUAGACAGCCAGAGAGCCUAGAGAGGCUAGAGAGCCUAGAAAACCCUACAGUAACCCAAAAUUUACCACUCGUUUUUCAGCUCAACUUGUCGAUGCCCGUUAGGAACAAUGUGCCAAAACAAUUCCACAUGCCAAUCAUAUUUCUAG